AGUAUUUCGCCACAAACAUUUCUCUCUCUCUCUCUCUAGGGUUUUAAGAGCAUCUCUCACAUUUCUCUCAAUUAUCUGCAAGAAUCGACCAUGACACAAUCACAAGAAGAGUUGUUGGCCGCUCAUCUCGAACAACAAAAAAUUGAUCAUGACGAGCCUUUGAUUGAGGACGAAGAAGAUGAUGAUGAAGACGAUGAAGAUGAAGAUGAUGCUGAAGGACAAGAAGAUGGCAGCGGUAGGUCGAAGCAGAGCCGAAGCGAGAAGAAGAGCCGCAAGGCAAUGCUAAAGCUUGGAAUGAAGCCCAUCCUUGGGGUUAGCCGAGUCACCGUCAAGAAGAGCAAGAAUAUCCUUUUCGUAAUCUCGAAGCCGGACGUUUUCAAGAGCCCUAAUUCAGACACAUACGUGAUCUUCGGCGAGGCGAAGAUCGAGGAUCUGAGCUCGCAGUUGCAGACACAAGCUGCAGAGCAGUUCAAGGCCCCCACUGUCGGUAGUGCCGCUCCAAAGGCGGAGCCCGCCAGUCUAACACCACAGGAAGAUGAUGACGCGGAUGUUGACGAGAGCGGUGUUGAACCGAAAGAUAUCGAACUUGUGAUGACUCAAGCUGGUGUUUCGAGAGCUAAGGCUGUCAAAGCUCUCAAGGAAUCCGAUGGUGAUAUUGUAUCCGCUAUUAUGGAGCUCACAAACUAGACGAAUGUUUUUAGACUCGUUUUAUUUCUUGUCAAGUUAAACGGUCACAUUUUUUCUUUUUGUGUGUGUGUACUUUGGAACGUCGUUUUGGAUAUUUGAGCGGUUGUUGUGCCUUGUUUUUCGUUGUUGGAUGUUAUAUCGUAUGGCAAAUUUAUCGGAGAUAAUUCUUCUUCUAGUUUUUGUUUAACUAGACUGAGUUA